AUGGUUAAUAAAGACGACAAGCAGCCCACGGAUGAGGCGACGGACUUCGGGUCCAAGCAGUUAAAAGAGGUAUCCCAGCAAGCUCGUGUUGCUGAUGAAGGGCUUAAUCAUCAUGCACGCAAUACUUUUCGUAUCGAAGUCGACUACAUCAAGGAACUAACGAAAUCAUCGCGUCAAGCGAUCGACGAGAUGACUCAGUGGGUGGGAGGAGCCUCCAAAACACUUACGUCUCCCAUCGUGGAGAUUUUUAAGCGCGCAGAUGGUGAAGAAGGUACUAGGUUGCGGAAAUAUUAUGGUGUGGCGCGCAGGAUCGUCAAUGCGCAGUUCUACGCAACUCAGAUGCAGCUGCAGGAGUCAAAGAGAAUUGCGCAGGAUCAGCUGGUACCUUUGAAGGGCGUGGCGGUCGCUUUUCAAGAACGUCUGAUAAAGGUAAACGAGUUACGACGUGAACAACCAGCGAUGACGGCAGCUAGUCUCGUGAUUGCUGUGGCUUUUCCAUCUCUCAUACUCCGUGGCAAGUGGGCGGCUAUACGAAACUCGGUUGUGGCGGUAGGAGUCAGCGCUGCCGUAAGUUAUGGGUCGGAAAAGCGGGCAGAUAAAAAGGGGAAAUAG